CUUCUAGAAGAUGCCAGCGGGGUGCGUGGCCUCCGGCGGCUCGGAAAAUAGAGCAGCAAGGGCCGAGAAGAGCCUUCUACCUCGCGAGAAUCGAGAGUAUGAAGUGAAGCAGUCGGCCUCGCUCCUCUCCUGGGGGCUGGAGCUCCUCGUGUCCCCGUACUCUCUCUUUCUCUCUUCUCUGGCUCCGGCUUCUCUUUAGGGAAGAAGGAGCGGAAUUCCGUCUCCGCUUCCGACCUAGGGUUUCCGCGAUCCCAUCAUGUACCGUGCCGCAGGUUCCCAUCUCAAAGCUCUCAAGGCAGGUGAUGCCAGGAUCUUUGCUGCUGCCGCUAGAUUGCCAGUACUAGCAUAGCGAGAAGGUCUUCUGGUGUUUCUUUAGCUGGCUAACAGGUGGACAGUCCGGUCAACUUCCUCCUCUUGAUACUCCGCUACCAGGUGUUACACUUCCUCCUCCCCUGCCUGAUUACGUAGAGCCAGGCAAGACAAAGAUCACGACUCUUCCGAAUGCAUUAGAAUUGCCUCCGAAACAUCACCAAGCCCAAGCUGCUUCGGUAGGGCUAUAUGUUGACUGUGUUCUAUAUAUGAGACGUUUGCUUCGCUUGGAGCCACACACGUCUUGGAGCGGAUGGCCUUCAAAACCACAACAAACAGGAGCCAUCUGCGGAUCGUUCGUGAAAUAGAAGCUAUCGGAGGAAGUGUCACGGCAUCAGCUUCCCGCGAACAGAUGGGCUAUACUUAUGAUGCUCUGAAAACUUACAUGCCCGAAAUGGUUGAGGUGCUUAUUGAUUGUGUCAGAAAUCCUGUUUUCCUUGAGUGGGAAGUUAAUGAAGAGCUGAAGAAAAUAAAGGCAGAGCUCGGAGGAGCUUCUAAUAAUCCACAGGGUUUGCUUUUGGAGGCUAUUCAUUCUGCUGGCUAUUCUGGCGCAUUGGCAAAUCCAUUGAUUGCUCCGGAAUCUGCAAUAAACAGAUUGAAUGGCACCAUUCUUGAGGAAUUUGUUGGUGAGAACUACACUGCUUCUCGAAUGGUACUUGUGGCAACAGGUGUGGAACAUGAGAAAUUGGUAUCAGUUGCUGAACCACUUUUGUCUGACCUUCCCAAAGUGUCGCAUCCUGAAGAGCCAAAAUCUGUGUAUGUUGGAGGAGACUAUAGAUGCCAGGCAGAUCCAUCGAAGACACAUGUUGCCCUUGCAUUCGAGGUUCCUGGUGGAUGGCAUAAAGAAAACGAAACCAUGACACUCACAGUACUUCAGAUGCUUAUGGGAGGCGGUGGUUCAUUCUCUGCUGGAGGACCGGGGAAAGGAAUGCAUUCUUGUCUUUAUCUACGAGUCUUAAAUGAGUUCCCACAGAUUCAGUUGUUUUCUUCUUUCAGCAAUAUCUACAAUCAUACUGGCCUUUUUGGAAUUUAUGCAACCACUGGUCCAGAUUUUGUUUCUAAAGCUGUUGAUUUGGCAGUCAGAGAGCUUCUUGCAGUUGCAACUCCUGGACAAGUUGAUCAGGUACAACUAGAUCGUGCUAAAGAUUCAACCAAGUCUGCAGUUCUAAUGAAUCUGGAAUCACGAGUACUAACAUCCAAAGAUAUAGGACGGCAAAUUUUGACAUAUGGAGAAAGGAAACCUACCGAGCAUUUUCUGAAAUCCAUUGAUGAAGUUACGCUAAAAGAUAUAAGUUGCCUUGCUGAAAAGAUUCUCUCUUCCCCACUUACAAUGGCAUCUUGGGGGGAUGUUGUCCGGGUCCCCAGCUAUGACUCCGUCAGCCGAAAGUUUCAUACAAAAUGAGUUUCUUCAUGCCUGAUGGUUCAAAAUAUCUUUUCUGGCAAACCUCGUUAUUCAUAUGCGCUGCUUCCCAGUCAUGGAUAUAGCUGCAGAAAAUAAGAAAUCAACGUGUUUGAAAGAAAAAUCGUUUUGGUUCAGUAAUCUGGUGACCCAUCACAGCUGGAAGACGUAUUUUCUUUAUUUUACAUUGGAAGUUCAAUUUGGUUCGCUAUUCGGUGUGCAUCUUCUAUGCCUUGUGCCAUUUCACUCUUUUCCCCCGUUUCGAGGCUCCGUUAGACAUGGAAAGGACUAUAGGUCUUUCGUUCACUCAAAUCCAUCAGCCCAGUUACAGAGCCUCGUUGCAGACUGAAUGUGAAUUGAUGCGGCACAAAGCCACCUGUUUGGAUGUAAGAUUAGCUCAUAAGCAGCAUUGCCUGAAACUGAAAUUUUUUUAGCCUAAGGUAGGAUUGGUUGUGGUAAUAUUUCCCUCUAUAAGCUCACAAACUAAAAUAAAAGUUCUUUUGGAAGGAUUAAGAUGACAA